UAGUCACUCUUCGGCAAGGCGUGACCCUCCUAGGAACAAACCACCACGCGCCUGAGAUGGCGGCCGCGAAUCCUGCUCUGAUACCCCGAAACCAGGCGCGCCGAAUCCGCGUCAUGAUGAUCACACUCCCAAUCGUCGUUUUCACCGGAUAUACGCUCUUCACGCGCAUUGCUGGCGAUGAGAAGAAACCACCUGAAAAGAACAGUGGGGGCCCCAGUGUUCGUGCGCUUCUCGCUGAACUCAAAGCGCUUAUUUGA